AUGGAGCCGGUGGCAUCCUGGGGUCCUGGGUCGGUGGUGGCCUGGUUGAGAGGUCUGGAUGACCUAGUACAGGAGUACCCCUUUGAGGAGUGGGCCCUAGUGGGGAGUGAUCUGCUUCAACUCUGCCCUCGGAGCCUGGAGGACUUGGGGGUCUGCCAUGUUGGUCAUCAGGAACUCAUCCUAGAUGGGGUGGAACAACUCCGGACUCUGAGCUCUGGGCUAGAGACUGAGAAUCUCCGGAAGCUAACAGAGCAGCUGCGGGCCCUCACGCACAAGUUGUGCAGCCUCGUCCCGGGCUGUCUUGAGUCCAAUGGGGAACCCGCCCCAGAACUCCUUACCGGAGCCAUCGAGCUAGUCCGGGCAGCUUGGGCCCUUCUCUGCUGGCUCAACAGGUACCUUUUUUCUCAAAUCAAUGACUUCUCCGCCUGCCAGGAAAUCGGGGACUUGUGCAGGGAGCUGGCCCGGGCCUUGCAGGAGGAUUACCCAGUGGCAAAAAAGGAGGCUGAGAUCCUGAGGCUUAGUAACAACAUUUUGAGCAUCUGCGAUGCCAUUCUGAGCUUCAGCCCUGACCACUUGCUGGAUCAGCUGGCUAUCCUGGAGCUGGUGGAGCUGCGAGCCAGGUGUCCAGAGGAAGCCCUGGGCCUUGAAAUCCUGACCACCAGCAGCUGCCACCACUUUGUGUCUGGAACAACCCCAGAGUCUCCUGCUGACGAUUGUGCCCAGAUCCUGCUUGGAGACGAGAUUGUCCAGGUCAAUGGGCAAGUGGUGGUGGGCUGGCCCCGGGCUAGCUUGAACAGGCAACUGCUGCAGGACCCAACUCUACUCAGACUGGUGCUGAAGACUGUCCCCGUACCCAAGAGUGCCCCUCAGAGCCCUUUGGAUAGUUCCUGCUCAAGGAGCCAAUCACCAGGCUUGGCCUCCCCAUCUCCUAGGACCUCAGAAGAAAAAGCUACUGUUUUCAUCUUUGACCAGAGUACAGAUCCAAGAUCUCCCAGCUCCCUUGAGGCAGGUCCAACUACACCUUUAGGCUUUGGCAAUAUCUGGGGCUCUGACAAGCUUCCUAGCUCCCCGACAGUGGCAGAUCCCCACCCAGCAGCCCAGCCAGCCUCAGAGAAAACGGAGAAUCAAGGAUCCCCAGAGCCCUUAGACAAGAGUCCUUCCUGCAGUCGGAAGAAGUCAAAACCCAAAGGGGUGGCGACUCGGCUGAGCCGGAGGCGGGUGUCGUGCCGGGAGUUAGGCCGACCCGAGUGUGAUGGGUGGCUCCUGCUUCGGAAGGUGCCUGGAGGUUUCAUGGGUCCUCGUUGGCGCCGAUGUUGGAUGGUACUGAAGGGUCACACCCUCUACUGGUACCGACAGCCCCAGGAUGAGAAGGCUGAAGGGCUGAUCAACGUUUCCAACUAUAGCCUGGAGAGCGGUCGGGACCAGAAGAAGAAAUAUGUGUUCCAGCUUACCCAUGACAUGUACAAGCCCUUCAUCUUUGCUGCAGACACCCUGGCUGACUUGAGCAUGUGGGUGAGUCACUUGGUGACCUGCAUCUCCAAGUACCAGUCUCAUAGCCGAACUCCUGCACCCAGAGAGGAAGACUGUUAUAGUGAAACAGAAGCUGAAGACCCAGAUGAGGAGACAGGGUCCCGCCCAGCCUCACCCAGCCCAGGAGCCUGGAGCUCUCCCCAUGGAGAUAGCUCCCCCUCAGCCACAACCCCUCAAGGCAGCCCCCGGGUGUCACAUAGCCCUUCAACAGACAGCAGCGGUGAUGGAACUCUGGAGCACCUGGUCCGGGGCCUCCAACAAGGAGGCGUGUCCUUUCUGGGGCGCCCACACCUCCUGACCCAGGAACAAUGUCGCCGCUCUUUCCUGCGCCGUGCUCGCGACCCCCAGCUCAAUGAGCGGGCCCACCACGUGCGCUGCCUGCAGAGCACGCUCAAGGCAAAGCUGCAGGAGCUGCAGGUCCUCGACGAGGUGCUGAACGAUCCCACUUUGACUUCUGAAAAGUUCCAGAGGUGGAAAGAGAAGAACCAAGAAUUACUCUCAGACAGACCUGGAGCUUGGGCUGGGACGGGAGCUGAGGGGGCCUCUUGCCUUCGGACUCCUGAACCUGAGGAUGGGACUUCCUUUGAGCCCAAAGAGCACCUGCCUCCUGACCCCCCAUGCCCAAGGCCCCCUGACCUUUGACUGUGGGGAGAGGAGGAUGCAAAGGGGCCCAUAAACAGCUGAAACAAUUCAUGCAAAGUCAUACAAAGGACUCUGGACUCCACAAAAACUAUAGAGAACACAUGAAGGAAUGUUCUCCUUGGAAGAAACUAAAUUCAGGGUUGCCUGUGGGGCAAUACCUGACAUUCUGGUGAAUCUGUAGCUGUCCCAGAGUUCUAUAUAGUUUCUCCAAAACUUGCAAUACCUUCUGUGAUUUUGAUCAGCAAACUCACUGGAGUUGUUGGAUGGGCAACCCCUUCACCAUCAAAGGGGAACUAUCUAAAUUUUAUUAUUGUUGUUAAAUUGUUUCAGUCAUGUCUGACUGUGACCUCAUUUGAGAUUU